AUGAAGUUCACCAAUUUUUUAGGACUGGCAUCGUUGCCAGCCCUUGUCCAUUCCUUUGCAGCUACAGAUUCUAUUCAAGAGGUUGACCCCGCACAAUCUGGGUAUUUACCCAACCACAACAUCGAUCCGAACAUCGUCAACAGCACCCAAUUUGGGCUGCUGUGGAAAAAUACUUUUAAUGUUAAUGAAGUCUUCUACGCCAAGCAGUUGGUCUACACACCCACUGAUUACUUCUUCUCCAAAGGAUACAAGGGAAGUGCUGUCGGACCCCUUGGUACUCUUCAAGGCCAGUAUAAGUUUUACGCUGUCCAUAUUCCAACUUUAACCGAUGUCACUGGCUUUCCUAUCAUAAUUGACGGUAACAAUGCCGUCAAUGAUCCUACUAGGUACUUCCUUGGAGGGACUUCUCUUCAAAGACCCGCCCUCACGACUGUUGGCAAUGUCAUCGUCGCAGGCUUUGGAGGACACUGCGAUAACUUCAACUACACUGGAAUGCUUGUCUCGGUUACAAAGACUACGGGUGCGACGCAAAUAUAUGCAAUGGAGGCAUCACCUGGUGCUCCUUCACCCCAACCACUGCUCUACACUACCCAGUCGGGUGGAAAGGCAGGCAUUUGGCAGACUGGAAUGGGCAUGCCAACUGUAGGAAAUCAAGUUUACUUUGUCACGGGAAACGGUGAGGGAGCCGCAAAUGGGGGUGUACCAGCCUCCGGUCGUCUCCCUCUGUCAACCUCGAUCAAUUACUUCGAGCCUUACGAGUACUUCAGUCUGAAUGGAGGUGACAGAGAUUUUGGUUCUUCGGGUUCAGCUAUGUUAGACCCCAAAACUUUCUCUGGAACUGGUGUAGAUCGAAUCAUCGUCGCGGGAGGUAAAAGUGGAAAGAUCUAUAUCAUGAAUGCGGACAAUUUGGGUGGCUUUGCUCAGGGACCUGGUGGAUCUGACAAUGUCAUCCAAACAAUCUUGGCCGGAAGUACAAUGUUCAGUGGUGUUGGCAGUUAUCCUCUUGAGGGAGGUUAUAUCUACUUCUCCCCUACGGCUAGCAAGCUCUAUGCAUACCAAUUCGGUCAAGGUAGCAAUGGGCAACCCUUAUUCACACUUGCGGGAUCCUCAGUCGGUACAUCGGCGGGUGUCGGUGUUCCCGUGUCGGUGUUCCCACCAUCACUUCUUUCAAUGGAGAGCCAGGUUCAGGUUUGGUUCAAUGAUCCAAAUCAAGGUCUUGUUGCUUAUCGUGCCGUCCCCGUCAGCGGUACAUUGAUCAAGUUCACUACGAUUCCAGCUCUCGGAGGGCUCACCAAAUAUACCCGACCAGUCUUUGGAAAUGGCCGCGUAUAUGUAAGUGGUGGAGCAUCGAUAUAUGGGCUUGGUGUUGUGUCUACAGCUACACCAGUCACUUGCAGUGCUGUAAGCUUCGGUUCUGUCAUUGACGGUCAGACCUUGACGGCCGAAGUUACCUGCACAGCAAAGUCAGCUAUCACUCUAAAUUACUGCACAACAUCACUCGCAUCCUUCGUUUGUCAGAACUCCUCUUUACCUACUACAGUCACUUCUGGUGCUUCAUUCACCUUCCCGGUUACUUUCAGCCCAACUCAACCUGCUAGCAAGCCUGGUCUGCUGAGUUCUGUCCUUCUAUUGAACUAUGCGACAAGCACAUCGACCACAGAUGCUUCAAUUCAGCUGACUGGUACGCUUGGUGUCACCCAAGGAAAUCUCGUUGUCAGUGCACCUCAGCUCGAUUUUGGAGGUAUCGUCUUGGGAGGAUCUACAACUUCCGUCACAGAGACCGUCACCCUCACGAACACCGGAGCCAUCUCCCUAAGCUUUACUGGAUUCGCUUGGCAAGACACGUAUGUUAGUGGGAUGCCUUCCAACACUAUAACAGUGCAAACAACAACUAUCGUGGGCAAUGGCUUCACGGCUAUAGGCUUCCCUGCCGUUGGCGCAUCAUUGGCUGCAGGCGCAUCAAUCAGCAUUCCGGUAACAUUCUCUGCCACCGCUGUAGGAUCUUGGGGAUCGCUUUUAACGUUCACUACCGGGAGUGGUGCAGCCGAUGUCCUAUUGACUGGCACUGCCGGUAACCCCCCAGUCGCUGCCCUGUCGAUCUCUGAUGAUAAUGGGGGCCGGUUGAGUGGCCUCUCGAUGGCAUUCGGGAAUGUUCAAAGUGGCCAGGACCUGCAGAGACAAAUCCGCUUCUGCAAUACUGGAGCCUCUGCUCUGGCGAUCACUCAAAGUACGCCACCAACCGGAGUCGACCUUUCUGCUUUGGAUCCUCUUCUCGACUUACGCCAAGGGUCAACUAUUGACGUCGGCGCUUGUGCUUAUGGCAAUGUACAACUCAUCUCUCCUUCUAUUCAACCAAAUAAUCCAAGUAUCUCUCUUUCAGCCCAAUGGUUGAUCAAUACCAAUGGCUGGUCUGUGGGUCUUCAAACUAUCUCAAUCACAGCUACCAUCGUCAGCAGAGAGGUUGGUCCCAUGACAGGCUCCACCGGAACCUAUCAAUACAUGGGUUGUUACUUGGACAGCACCGCCCGAAAUUUGAACGUCGAGACAGCCAUUGCCAACAGUUCUAUCGAAGCAUGCAUGAGCUACUGCGGCUCCUUCAAUCCGCCAUAUGCAUUCGCUGGUACAGAAUAUCAUACGCAAUGUUGGUGCGGUAACAGAAUCAAAUAUCCCAGUUCACUCAGUCCCGAGACAGAUUGCAACUUUGCCUGCGUUGGUGAUCCUUCCGAAUCUUGUGGUGGGACCACCGGAAACUUGGGAUAUAUUUACAUCUACUAUGAUACGAAUUUGGUCAAUCCUGCUACAGUGCUUGGUACAAGCACAGCCACGGUGGUUAAUUCCGUCACUAGCAAAGGUCUUACCGUUUCCACCUCUUCGAUGUCUAUUCGUUCUUCUAGCUCGCAGCUAUCAUCGAAAUCAUCGUCUUUCUUGUCCUCAGCAUCAGCCGUAUUCCUCUCAUCGGCAACCUCGGUUCCAUUGGCAUCGACAAAGGCGCCCAGUAGCUCAAUUGUGGGCACAUCCUCGAGUAUUACUCUGCCAUAUUCAUCCAGCAUCGUCACGGCCUCGACAAUAAGCUCUUCCAAUACUUUAAUCUCAUCUUUAAUGCCAUCGUCAACUGUUCUACCUCUCAGUAGCUCGCUCUCAAGCUCACUAUCUAGCUCUUUCAGCAGUUUUGUUUCAAGCAGCGUGGCGUCAAUCAGCUCUAAUACUGCUUCAACCAUACAAACUAGUAGUUUUUCAAGCUCGAUUGGGUCAAGCAGCCAAUCGCAAUCAUUAUCUUCGUCCUCCCUAAUUUUCCUGCCUAGCUCUAGCUCCAGCUCCUUGCUUUUGUCUAUUUCUUCCAGCAUUCCAGCGUCGUCAACCCUGUCUUCGCUUAUAUCUAGCUCCACCCUUUCCCCGAGUCUUUCCUCAAGUAUAAGUGCGCUUCUGCUUCCAAGCUCCAGCGUUGUUCUGUCAUCGAGCUUUAGUUCCAGCUUCACUUCUACGAUGACUUCAUCUAUAGCCAUACCAACCCAAUCGUUCAACCCACUUGAGCCAGCAGUCAUUGGAAACUUCUCGUACAAUGGAUGUUACAUGGAUCUCGUCGAUGGUGUCACUCGAGUUCUACCUGACAGCAUCUUGGUCGACGCCGCUUUGACACUUGAGAUGUGUGCAUCGAACUGUGCUUCAUACUCCUAUUUUGGAACGGAAUAUGAGAUUGAGUGUUAUUGUGGUUAUACUUUGUCACCAUCCUUGCGAGCAACAGAAUCAGAUUGCAAUGCUCCCUGCGGAGGUAACUCAUCUGAGAUCUGCGGAACUGGUGCUCGCUUAUCUACUUACCGGAACAAGAACUACAUUCCUGCCCCACCACCACCAUCUCACAUUGUCCUUGCGCCUAUUGACUUUGAAUGGUUGUCUUGUUAUACUGAAGCUACUUCUUCUCGAACUCUUACGGGAACAAGUUUCGCAAGCAAUGAAGUGACAGUAGAGGCAUGCACAACUUUCUGCGCGGGUUAUCUGUAUGCAGGUGUUGAGUUUGGACGAGAAUGCUACUGCGGAGACUCGUUUUCGGCUGGAGCUAUUCCCGCGGUCAUCACCGAUUGUAGUUUCCUUUGUUAUGGCAAUUCGUCAGAAUACUGUGGAGGACGCAAUAGACUCGACAUGUACCAAUUCAAUCCAGCUCUGGGUUCGAUGCCCUCUUCCACGGGAGGAUUUGGAGUCGCGGAUAUUCCGUAUACAGCUUCGUCAUCCGUGGUCCAAUCCUUCGUUAUCCUCGUCAGGACUGCAGACACUGGUGUCUUCAACCUCAUCCAAAUCAUUGGUGGGAUCUUCAUCAGCUCAGAUGCCCUCAUCAACAGCCUCAUCGUCGAGCACAUCCAAACCGGCAUCAUCUUCGAUAGCAAAACUUUCGUCGAGCUCUGUUUUGUCCUCGUUAUCAAGUCUGUCAUCAUUUUCUGCUAUUCUUCUCUCUUCUUCAAGGCCCACAACUCUAUCAACGGUCUCCACAUCGAAAUUAUUUUCAACGGCAUCACUCAUAUUUCAUCAUCGACGACCCACGCGGUUGUUUCCGGAGGCACCAAUGCUCAAUACACGCACCUGGGAUGUUUCCAAGACAUCACCAAAGGCCACGUCCUACCCCUCCUCUUCUCCAACAACUCCGUAACCCCUGAGCUCUGCGAAGCCUACAUCUCAUCUCUCGCCCACAAGCCAACACCUACCAUCCUGCCUUACUUCAUGGUCGAGUAUCACAAUCAAUGCUACGGCGGAACAGCUCUGUCCUUCUAUCAGACUAGCGCUACGAGUUUGUAUGGUAAGCAUGCUUGCACGGAUGUUUGUGCGGGAAGUAUUGGAGCGCAGAGCACGGGCUCGGCGAUGUGUGGUGGGAGGAAACAGUUUAAUUUGUAUGCUACGGGGCCAGCGGUGGGGUUUACGGCUGCUGCUACGAAGAGUGUUUAG